UUAGCCCCAGCAACUGUACUAACCUAAUGGUAGAUGACCUGAUCUUUUAACUACCUCUAUUGCCAAACCAGCUGCCUUAAUCAGUCUUAACCAAUGUCAACAAUUAGGGAGCAACCAAUUUUUAGCACCAGAGCCCACAUCUUUCAGAUUGAUCCUGCCACCAAGAGGAACUGGAUUCCUGCCAGUAAACAUGCCUUGACAGUGUCCUAUUUCUAUGAUGCUACUCGCAAUGUCUAUCGGAUCAUCAGUGUGGGAGGCACCAAGGCCAUCAUCAAUAGCACCAUCACCCCCAACAUGACCUUCACAAAGACCUCACAGAAGUUUGGCCAAUGGGCAGACAGCAGGGCCAACACAGUGUAUGGGCUGGGCUUUCCUUCUGAACAACAUCUCUCUCAGUUUGCAGCAAAAUUCCAAGAAGUAAAAGAAGCUGCUCGCUUGGCCAGAGAGAAAUCCCAGGAUAAGACUGAACUAACCAGCCCCGCUCUCAGUUUGACUUCCCAUCAAAUUCUGGCCAGCCCCAUCAUUAGUUCCAAUGGUCCCGGAGAUGACAAGCUGUUCCGGAGCCAGAGUGCUGACAUGGAGAUGACCACAGAAAGAGAGCGCAUUAAAAAAAUGCUCUCUGAAGGGUCUGUUUGCGAAGUCCAAUGGGAAGCUGAAUUUUUCACUCUGCAAGACAAUAACAACAAACUGGUGGCUGCCUUGCGUGAAGCUAAUGCCAAUGUGGAGCAGUGGAAGCAGCAGCUGGCAGCAUAUCAGGAGGAGACCGAAGCACUGCGCCAACGAGUGGCAGAGCUGGAAACCCAGAGAGGCCACAAUUCCUCAAGCGAUAUCAGGAAAGAGACCUGCCCAGCUUUAGAAGAGCUGGAACAGUUGGUGAAGGCCAAAGAUGAGGAGCUUCAACAACUGAGAAGCCAAAAGGGGCUGCAGCAGCAACCAGAUGAUGAAUACGAGGAAACUCGUCAAAAGGUGCAGGACCUAGAGAGACAGAACACAGAGCUGGAGCGGCGCUUGCAUUUGGCCGAACAGUCUCUCUCAGAGACGCUUUCUGAAAGGGAGAAGAUGUACCAGGAGGUAUCCAAAUUGGCAGAGAUCAUGGACAUGAAAAUCUUUGAGCUGAGUGAGCUCAGACAAGACUUGGCUAAACUCGUGGAGAGCAAUUAAACCAGGAAACAGAGGAAGAGCCAACCCUCCUUUAACCCUGGCUUGGUGGGCGUGGGCGAUCAGUACGGACAUGAAGUGAAGACUGCUUGACUUGUCCAGUGCUUGCAUCCUUUCUCCUCUGUUUGACACUUUGGGAGAAGCGAGUCUAGAGGAGGUCGCGACUGGAGAGGACCUCCAAGCCAGUUUCUCCAGCCUUAUUUUCCUUUCAGAUGCUUCCAUUUCUAUAAACCGUGGCGUGUUUUUUGCCUGUCCCGAGGCAGUACGAUGGGUUUUUCCAGCCCAGUAGUUUUUGAUAGAGAAUUCUUAACUCUUCCCCUCAGCCAUCCCGAGGCACCAAUGGCCGAGUCAAAGUCCCCCUAUUGUUCCUGUAACCCUGUUGUGUGUUGUGUUUUUAGCAAGACUGCUUUUUAUAGAUGACUAAAAGCUCCCGUGUGCAGUCAAGCACUCCUACAGAAUCCAUUUGGGGAAGAAAUUUUGAGAAAGGACGGUUCUUCUUUUCUCUCCUUCUUUUAUUAUUAUAUGUAUCGUGGGGGGGGGGGGCUGUUUGUUUUUAAUCUCAAAAUAAGCACUGAAUAUUUUUUAGCAAAUCUGCAAACUAUGAGAGUCUGCUCAAAAAACUGGAAAAAAAGAAAGGCACGAGUGGGAGGGUGUGAAGGCCACAGUGAAAAGGGGGAUCCCUAGGAAGGGCGUGUGCGCGUGUGCGCACGCGCAAGCCGCACCAUUUCUCAGUUUGACAGCUGCCAAACACUGAUGAAUUAGGAUAGGCUAAAGGUACCUUCUUUCUUUUUCUGUCUGACAAAGCAAUGCAAUUCACACACAGCACCAAGCAAUAGAUUCAGAAGUGGGGGAAAGGAGGGAGUUUGCAGGAACGCAAGUUCUAGCAUGCACUGCUGUUACUUAGCUUCCUUCAACCUGGCACCAUGAUAGCCAGGAAUGAUGGGUGGUGAAUACUCAGAGAGCACCUGGUUUGGGAAAGGUGUUUCUUGAUUUAAUUCCCCUUUCCUCGUCUUUAUUACUUCAAACACGAGGCUUGAAAGAGGAGGCUAACCUGUCACGUCACUCAGAGAAUUAUUAUAAGGGGUUCAGUUUUGCCCUCAGACAGCCCUGGAUUUGUUUGGAGCUAAAGUCCUUCUCUCCAGUGAGCCAGUAGAGCUUCCUUAGGAAUCGACUGAUCUGUUCCCGUUCUGAAUUAGAACUCUAGAAAGACCCCAUAGGAAGGUGGGCUCUGUAGCACGCCCAUGUCUGCCACAAGUUGGCGUUUUCAGGCUUUGAGAAUGGAAAAUGAGACAGAAAGAGGCAUGGUGGUCCUUGCUCUCUUGUUACCUACUUCAUGGCACCCUGAGUUAGUCCUGGGCUUCCCUUUUCACUCCCAAAAGCAAGAGAACCCGGGGUGGGAAGCAGCAGCCUCCACCUUCUUUGGCAGCAACUGAGCUGACCGAAGAAUGUCUUAUCGAUCUGACAUACAAUAUCCAUCCCAGACUGUUUCCUAGUGGCACAUAAAAGUCAGGCAGCUGGCCAGGGACGGAGAGGACUGAGUUAGCCAUGGGCAAAUAGUCUACAUCUGCCCGUGAGUCAUAAGGGCCUUUGAGAAUCCGGCACGCUUCUGGAAAGGUAGCAGCAGCAGCAGCAGCAGCUUGUGAAAAGAUCCCUCAGAAUGGGCUGAGCAUUGCUUUCUGGAGAUGUGAUCUGCAAAGAGAACAAGGCCCCGCCCCCCGCUCUCCACGCCCCUCCCCUCCAUUCCCGACCCCCCCCCCCUCUCAAGAACCCAAGUCUCUGGGCUUAGUUACAAUAUGGUUCUUCUGCUCGUUUGGGUACUGUUUGCAGUUUGAUAACAUGGUAAUAAUGGUGUCAGUGAAAGUUUUUUUUUUUUUUAAAUUGAUAUUUUCUGGUUUAGUGCUAUAUGGUUGGAACAAUAA